UAACGAAGGCCUCCGUUAAGGGGAGGAAUUUGGUAGAAAGCGGUCCGGAGGCACAGAAGAAACGGCUCCGUUCUCCGGCGGAGUUCCGAUCCGUUUUCUCACACUGAUUAAUUUUUUUUCUCUGUUUUCUGUAAAGGAGGGUUCCAGGCAAUGGAUUACGAAGCAGAUGCUGAUUUCGACCGCAUGCCACCGUCUUUUGAUCGUGUGAAAAACGCAGCACAAGGUGGUGGAACGCAAGGAUUCAACCCAGGAUUGAUCGUCUUACUUCUCGUUGGGGGGCUUCUGUUGGCAUUCCUUAUCGGAAACUACGUCCUGUACGUAUACGCUCAAAAAGCCCUUCCUCCAAAGAAAAAGAAGCCCGUCUCAAAGAAGAAGAUGAAAAGGGAAAGGCUGAAGCAGGGCGUGUCAGCGCCGGGAGAGUAAAUUAUUGCUGUGCCGCUAUUUGCAUCCUGUGUUGUGAAAUCGCUUUAGAAACCCAUUCCGGUUUGUGACUUCUGGAACUUAAACUCGAGAACUUUCCGUGCUGUUUUUGCAUUAUGACUAAGUUUCUUGCAUGCUUUAAUUAUCUCGAGAACUUUCCGUGCUGUUUUUGCAUUAUGACUAAGUUUCUUGCAUGCUUUAAUUAUCUCGAGAGCUUUCCGUGCUGUUUUUGCAUUA